AGGAAGAGAAAGUAACUAACUAAGUGAGAAUGGCUUCUGAGGAACCGAAGAAGGAGGCGAGGGAGCACUCGAGCAGCGAGCUUCUGGCGAGCGCGAAGGUGGUGGCGGAGGCGGCGCGGUCGGGUUUCGGGAAGGAAGGUGAGCAGUUGGAGAAAGGGAAGGUGGCUGACGCGGCGGGGGAUCUCCUGGACGCCGCGGGGCAAUAUGGGAAACUGGAUGAUCAGAAGGGUAUAGGGCAGUACGUUGACAAAGCUGCUGAUUAUCUUCACCAGUAUGAGGCUAAGGAAACUAACACCACAGCUGAGACCAAAGGUGAAGAAAGUGGUGGUGGUGGUGGCUUAGGAGGGCUUGCAAACUUGGCUGGAGGAUUCUUCAAAAAGUAGCCACUUAUUAAGCUUAAACCACUCCUUUCAUAAGGUCUUUUGAUUUUAGUGUUGUAAUUGUAAGUUUGAAUAAGAGUGGUUUACAUAGUUUUUCAGAGUUUCUAAACUGGUUUUUAACUUGGAUACGUUGUGAUAGUGACUUCUGUCUGUUUCCUUAGUUCCAACUCAAACAAGACUUGCUUCGGCCUCCUUCUAUUGCUAUGUAUUUUGCCCCUUGUCUUGUAUAAUUAACUAUCAAGUUAGUGUUGAAUUAAUGGUGUGCUGCUGCUUGUUUCCUUCUC